AUGUGUCGAAGAUUCGGCCAUUCGGCUACGAUUAAAUUAUCGGAAACUCUGAAAAUCGGAAACUCCCAGUCUGUUUGUGAUUCUGUCAAAUCUGAGCUAGAUGAUUGUGAUAAGCCAAUUCAACUGAGCCAUAAUCCUUAUGAAAAGCCAAGAAGAAAAUGUAUACUGUGCAGAAACGAAAUAACGCUUGAUUAUAAGAAUGCGAGGUUAUUGCAACAAUUUGUAUCAAAUUUUUCUGGACGUGUUUAUGACAGACACGUAACGGGAUUAUGUGAUUAUCAACAAAAGCGGCUUCUGGAAGUGAUAGCAAUAAGUCGACGCGCUGGUUAUAUGCCAAUAUUCGUGAAAGAACCCAAAUAUCUGCGUGAUGCGAAAUUGUUUGAUCCUCUCAAACCUAUUCGGCCACAUUCAUGGGCUUGA